AUGGAUAAUUCAUAUGAAGUUAGAAACGAUCGAUUGUUCAAGUUGCCUAAUUCACCUGAAUUGGUGCGGAAUACAAUCCGGAUCAAAUCCAAAUUAAUAAGAAAUGGAUUAGCGGAAGCUAUCGGUACAUUUAUUCUCGUGUUUAUCGGAACAAGUGUUAAUGCACAAUUCCUUCUACCAAGGGCUGCUAUUAAUACAUGGAUUCAAAUAGCUGUCGGAUGGGGUUUCGCUAUAAUGAUAGCCAUUGCAUCAGUUGCACGUAUUUCAGGUGCACAUUUGAAUCCGGCAAUAUCAAUACUAUUCUUUUCGAUGGGUGCAUUGGAUAUCGCAUCCUUAUUCGUAUAUAUCAUCUUCCAACAUAUCGGCGCAUUUUUUGGUGCCGCAGCAACUUAUAUCGUUUAUCGUGACGCAAUAAACUAUUAUGAUGGUGGAUUGAGAGCAAUCGCGGGUUCAAAUGGAACAGCUGGCAUCUUUGCGACAUAUCCUCAACCGUUUCUGUCUGCCUUAACUGGAUACUACGAUCAGGUAGCUGGAACAGGUCUGCUUGCAUUUUGCAUAUUAAUGAUUACUGAUGAACCGAAUAAGGUACCUUUCGCAGCUCAACCAGUAUUGAUUGGCAUAUCAUUACUUGUCAUUGGAUGUGGAUUUGGAUGGAAUUGCGGUUUUCCAUUGAAUCCAGCAAGAGAUCUUGGACCACGAUUGUUUACUUAUUUCGUUUACGGAACAAAAGUUUUUGCGCAUCCAUGGAAUUACUGGUUCCUAGUGCCAAUAAUAGGCCCAAUACUUGGUGCGUUAAUUGGUGGCUGGUUUUAUAUAUUGCUAAUUGGAAGUCAUAUACCGGAUGAGAAAAUAUCAGAAGAAAUAGAGACAAGAAAGUGA